ACCUCUGCUUUCACAAAACUGUCACUACCCCUCCCUCCCACAAAGUCAACGCAGCUGCGGAAGAGGAGAUUGAGCAUACAGUCGCUGACAGAAUUACCGGUUGGUGUUUUGCUGCCUUUUCAUUGACGAAACUCGAGCACCAGAGAAUCACGCGUUAUGGCACAGAUGGAGAUCAAUGGGGGCGCUUCUCCACCUAAGAAGCCUGGAAAGGGUCAGUCCGCCGCAGACCAGGACAUGAUCACAGGGCUGAUAAACAAGGCUCUGCAGGCUAAAGAAUUUGCUUACUGUCCGUAUAGCAAUUUCCGAGUAGGGGCAGCUUUGAUGACCAACGAUGGAAGGGUUUUCACAGGCUGCAAUGUUGAAAAUGCUUGCUACAACCUGGGAGUGUGUGCCGAGCGGACUGCCAUAUUAAAAGCUGUUUCAGAAGGAUACGAGAGCUUCAGAGCAAUUGCUGUUUCUAGCGAUCUACAAGACCAGUUUAUCUCCCCUUGUGGGGCUUGUCGGCAGGUUAUGAGAGAGUUUGGCACAGGCUGGGAUGUGUUCCUGACGAAGGUGGAUGGAUCAUACGUACGGAUGACCGUGGAUGAGCUGCUGCCCAUGUCUUUUGGGCCUGAUGACCUCAAGAAAAAGAAGGUCUUCUCCCUACAAAAUGGACAUGAAGUGUCGACGCAGUUCUACACUCAUUCACCUUGUGAGGCUGGGGAAAAUAAUAAUUAGCUUUGUGCAGUGAUGCCAGUAGGUGUUUGUGCUCCCAAGUAUUUAUAGGAAUUGCUGCAUGUUUUUGAGAACGUUCCUUCCAAAUGAGGAACAUGAUGACUUGCAUCUGCUCUGUAAUUCUUUGGCGGAGCAUGGAGUGCAGGCAAUUACUGGAGUGAAGUAACACUGUUGUUCAGGUUAUGGAGAAUUUUAAGUUCGGGGUGUCAGCUACACACAGCACUUGGUACAUGCUUAUCAGUGAAUCAGUCUUUGACAUUUGAUUGUCUUUUUGUUCGGACAGUACCCUCUCAAACUCCUUUACAUGGUAAUUUUGCCCUACACCAUUAAGGAAUGCACAAUACAAAUUGGAAGAUAAUAAAAAAAAGUAAUUAUGCCAAGUAAGGAACCUAGAGCUGGUUUUUAAUAUGCAGGUGCAGGACACAAAAAGGCAAUCAGAAUUUGUAGUAUUUAGAAAAUGUUAUAAAUCUAGUUGAGGUCAGUAACAGGUAAGCUAAUUUUUCUCUAAAAGUUACAAAAUGUGAUGAAUAGAGCACUUAAAAGUUCCGGUGGUUGGAACAAAUGUCACAAUGACCAUUUCAACAGCGGUGAGUUAACUGAACCGGAGAAAGAACAGAUGUGUUUUCAGCGAGUCGUCAGAGGAAACUCAAGCAGCUGAUGACUCAGUUCACUACUACAGAGGAACAGCACAAAAAUAGCUGUAAAGUAAUAUAUCAUGACAUGACAUACAAACCCUCAAUUUACAUCUGUAACAGUUUGGUUCAGGAAACCAUUUUGUAAUUCAGAUUAUACUCUUGAGCCAUGUGCACAUUUACUGUUCAAUACGUUUGAUGGCAGUAGGUUCCUGUCCUGCCUUGUGCACUGCUUAGCUCACAGGAAUACAUCUUGUAAUAUAACGAGUAUGUAGUGUUAUGCAAUAAAAUGUAUUUUGUAUAUUGCAAAUUGUAUGCAAAGUUUGAUUUGCUCAAGUCGAGCUCAUGACCUGAGUGACACAGUUUUAGUUAUAUGGCAGUGUUACAAACAUAUCUGGACCUAUAGUGACAUCCUUUUGAAAGGAGGUGAGAUAUAUUUCAAACAUUUUGAUUUUUGAUGUAUUAACUAAUAAUACUGUGGCAGACCACCAUUAGUCAAGGUGGCUCCAGGUGCUGAGCAAACUUGUGAUGGAAGUAAGUACUGAAGAGUUAAUCCUUAACUACACAUGAGUAACCCACCCUUUCUGCUUCUCUUAACCCAACCACCACCAACACUGGUGAACCUAUUGAGAGAGCCUAGUGAGAGACUCUUUGGCGGCCUCUGGUGGCAGACUAGUUGUCAAUACAGUCCCUUCAACGACCUGCCUUCCACGAAUACUGUACAGUGCCGUUCACACAUAUUUGAGCUUGAACUAGUUCACAUAUAUGUCGAUACAUGACGGAGACAUUUAAAUACAAGUAAACACAGCGCACCUUCUAAAAUGUGCGGAAAAAGAUUUUCAAUUGGAAUUCAAUAUAUCAUCUCAGGCCCCUUACUUUAUAUUGCUAUGCUGUGGGUAUGUAAAUACAGUUAAAGGGCCUGUGUCAUCAUUCUUUUCUUUUGCAUGGUAUGUAUAUAUAUUCAUAUGAGCUUAACAUGCAGAAGUUACAUAGUUAUAUUGUCACAGUCAGGUGCCUCAGCCAGUCGCGGGUGGCAUCAUCCAAAUCGAUAAAGUUGCCGGGGCAUCUGAAGCGAGGGCAGGAGUAUAGGAUGUGGUCGGCCGUCUGCUCCUCGCCAUCGCCGCAUUCGCAAGUUGGGUCAUCAGUGAGACCCCACUUGUGUAGGGUGGCCCGGAAACGGCCAUGUCCGGUUCUUAGUUGGUUCAGCUUGACCCAGGCUUGUUCUGGGUAGGUCAUUUCCAGCAGGUUUGUUGGAUAUUUUGUCAAUAAGUUGUUUCAGUCUGUGGUUGUUAUUAUUCCACGCGUCUUGCCACUUUUUGUUAGUCCAGUUAGUGCCAUUGCUUUCAAAUCGAACUUACCAUGCAAUGCAUGGUAUGUUAAGACUCCGUUCGAUGUGCAAUAGGAAACAGAAAACUCAGAAUGGAUUGUCAUAUUCUUUACCUGGCACUAGUUUACCACAUUUCCUGCAGGAAAAGAUGACAUUGUGAUCAACAUUACAUUCUGGAAUCACACCCCAAAACCGCCCCUAGGCUGUCCACAGUUUUUUCAAUUCAACUACAGUAUAACCCCAAACCAUUCUAAACUUUCUCUACUAUUGUAACGCCAUUGCAAGUUGUUGUUUUUUUGCGGUUUAAUUUUUUAUUAAACGUAUAGAAUUUACAGAUACAAAUACAACAAGAGGUUCAGAAUCAUGUACAAGAGAAAAAAGAAACUCAGCAGAAAAAAAGCAUUGAACUACCAGAGGUAAUUACGUUAUGAUGUGAUCAAAUUGUAUAUUUUACAUAUAUCAUGUUUUGCCAUUGCAAGUUGUGCGAGUCGGCUUAGCAGCGCGGUGACGUCACCGCCCUUUCCCUGUGGAUAGCAGGGACCUUAGCCGUCGGGCUGACGGGAGAUUUCCCUUUAGCUUAACUGGCUGGGUCCCGGUUGAGCGACACCGGAGGCCUGGGUUCGAGUGCCCGAUGGUGGGUGGGCCGAGCUGAGGCGGCAGCGGCGAGGGCGCUACGCUCUUUCCGAGUACACUGCUAUAGCGGAAAGGCCUCGAAUAUUUACCAAUUUUCUACAAUUGAUUUGGAUUUACCAGCUCAUACUGUAUCUAAAACACCCACCCCAGCUCCAUGGCGCCGCUUCUUGCGGUUCAGGGUCGCGGGGGAGAUAGAGCCUGUCCCGACAGGACACACACACACGCCGAUUAACCUACAAGCAUGUUUGUGGACUGUGGGAAGAACCGGCAGCUCCCGAAGGAAACUCCCACGAACGCGGGGAGAAAAUACAAGCUCCGCGCUGCGAGACAGCGAUGAUAACCAGCGCCCGUUUAUAGAACAUAAAUACACGAAGAAGCUCUUUCAUUUUGAUUACUAGAGCAAAUCUCAUGCCGCCUUCGUUUCGAAGUGUUCAUCAAACAGUUAAAGAUUGAUAUUUCAGCUGCUUGUUUUCAGUUGUGCUCCUGCCUGUCAGCAUUGUGUAUUGCGUUGCAGCUGGUGACCUCUCUUUAAUCUUCCAGCAAAAAUAAUUCGCUCGACAUCAGUACAGGAGAUUUCGAUAUAUGAGAGAGCUUCUGCAGUUACGCGUUUGGAAAUGUAAGAAAUGCAGAUUUCCCUUUAAUCAGCUCAUUCACUUUUAAGAGACACAUCUAAAUAACUUGCAUUAGGCCAAAUAAUUAAUAGUAGGUAUUGUAGCGUUCUCAGGUUCACCGCACAGUAUAUUCUUUUGAAAGUUGUGUAAAUAUACUUUUCAAGCAUAAAAUACUUUUUAAAAAUUUUGUAGCAAUUGUGCAUAAAAUACCAGCUUUAAACGUGAAAUAUUUACAUUUAAAACUGUAAAAAUGUUUCAUUAAAAAGAUUUUAUGCGGA